AUGGUCCGCUGGCUCGUCGACCGUGCCUCUGCGACUGUCCCUGGCGUGGCAGCGCCCGGCGACACGACGGAGGCCGCGGGCGCCUCGCGCGUCCGCAGCACGUCCGGUGCUCCGCAGCACCGCGACGUGCCCAUCCCCACACCCACGGCCAUGGAGGAUUUUUACUACUCCGGCGCGUUCGUAGCCGCACGCACUGAGUCUGCCCUGGUCGCAGACUCAGCCGCGCACGGCACCACAGACGCAGGCGCAGCUGCAGCGAGGCAAGACGAUGCAGAGGCGGUUGUAGUCGCAGACGAGCGACGUCGGGGCAUUGACCACGACCAGGCAGUGCGCACGGGUGACCGGUCCAUGAAGAGCGGCGAGCGCGAACAUGGACGGGCAGACUCGGCGCACAAGACAUCAGGCAACAAGGCACACCGAGAGGACCAUGACACCAAGACCACGAAGCAGGCCAAGCACACCUCGGAGCACAAGCGUCUCAAGACCACGCAGAAGCCCGACGCCAGCGGUGCGAAGAAGCUCAAGUCGACGCAGAAGCACGGCUCGCGCUCGACCACGAAGCACGGCCAUGCCUCGACCACCCGGCACGGCCAUGCCUCGUCCACGAAGCACGGCCGCACCUCGUCGACCACGCACGCUCACACCACGUCGACGAAGCACGGCCACGCGACGGCAUCGAAGCACCGGCCGCACGCUACGCACUCGAGCAGCAAGCACAGGCACGAGCCCACGCGUGCCAGCAAGAAGCACUCGAGCCACGCAAGCAGCAAGCACCGGCACACGAGCCACCGCUCGACGCACCGGCCCACGCACCACCACACGUCGACGACGCACCGGCACACGUCGCACCGCCACACGUCGACGCACCACUGGCACCGGCCGUCGCACACUUCGCACCGCACCUCGCACUCGAAGCACCGCCCGCGGCCCACGCGGUCCAGCAGCAGCCACGCGCACAUCUCCACCACGCACAGCAGCCUCGCACCCGCCAAGACGACGCAGCCCACCGCAUCGCACGCGCCCGCAAGCAAGCCGCACGCUCCGGCCGCCACCGUGACCAAGGCUGCGGCGAGCAGCGUGUCGAAGGCCAGCGCGCCCAAGGCUGCACCGAGCACGCGCCCGGCCAGCUCGACCGCCGGCGGAGCACAAGCACCGGCGCCAUCGAUCUCGAACGGCACGGGCAUCGGCGCUGCAGGCGGCGAGCCGGGCAAGGGUGAGUCCCUCCCGACUAUGCUGCCUGCUCCGAGCGCCCCGCCCGGCACGGUUCCCGCCGCGAAUGGCGCGACCGGGCUCAGCUCAAAGGCGCCAGCGCCGAGCGCGCUGCCGUCGCAGAGCGCCGGGCUUCAGGGCGGCAACGCGCCCAUCGCUCAAGGCCCUAGCCCUGUGCCGGCCCGGACUCCCGAGCCCGCGCCCGGGACGGGAGCACAGGCUGGACAGGCCGGCGGCACUGCUAGCUUGCCGGCUGCUGGCGGAGGAGCUCUUCCCGGCACCUCGGCCGGUCAGCAAGGCAGCGGAGCUACGCCGGGAUCCAACCCCAGCGCAGCUUUGCCGCUCGCUGGCGCCGGUGUGCCGCCGAGCGCAAGCUCGCCGCAGCAGCCCGCACUGAGCGAGCCUGCCAGCGCGCCCAGCUCUCCGAAGGGCGCUCCCUCGAUCCCGUCCGUUGGAGGCCUCCCGGGGCAGCCAACUGGCGGCGCGAGCAGCGGCACGACGUCUCCCGCUCAGGGCGCUCCACCUGCGGCCGGCGGUGGGACUCUUCCUCCGCCGGCUAGCGGGGCGGACUCCAGCGCUGCGCAGUCAAGCUCGAGCACGCCAUCUGCGAACAACGGCGGCAUGACGCAGCAACCAUCUAUGGGCCAGAGUUCGCAAGACGCGGGCCAGCUAGCGGGCACCGCGAACGAGCCCGCUGGCGCUGCGAGCAGCCCUUCACAGCAGUCGGGAGCAGGACAGCCGGACGGCGAGGCCAGCCCGACUGAGCCUCAGCCCGCAGGCACGCCCUCGCUUCCUGACCAGGAGCAGCCCAGUGAUGGCCAGGCCGGCGAGACGCUCCCCGGCGAUGGACAGGCCGGCGAGACGCCCCCCAGCGAUGGCCAGACCGGCGAGACGCUCCCCAGCGAUGGCCAGACCGGCGAGACGCUCCCCAGCGAUGGCCAGGCCGGCGAGGGAACGCUGGGUGACUUGCCCGUGCUUCCGAUCGACGCACCGAGCACGAGCAGCUCAGCAGACGGCGCCGAGGGCUUACAGAACGGCUCCGUGCCGGAGGACCAGAGCACUCCGGCCGUGGAAAGUGGCCAAAGUGCUGAUGAUGGCCUUGCAGACCCAACGGCGCCUGAAACUGCAGACGACGGAGCCGCCGCAAUGAGCCAACAGGAAGGGGCGAGCGAUCAGCUGCCCCUCGCGAGCGAGGGCGACAACACCAACGCGUCAACGGCGGAUGAAAACGACGGCUCCAUCGAUCAGCAGCCCCUCGAAAGCGGCGACGAGCAGACGCCCUCGCAAAAUCCGGCGGAGCAGGACCAGCCAAUCGAAAUCGGGCAGGAGGAGCCACUCGGCAGCACCGAUGACGAGAGUGCUUCAACGACGUCCAGCGAGCAGCCAGAGAGCAGCCAGCAGUCUGAUGGCGAAGACGGCCUGCAAAUUGUCGACGGGGCGCCGAGCAGCAGCCUACCCGAUCUCGCGAACCCAAGCAGCGGCUCGCCCGAGCUCGAGGGCGCAGAUACAGACUCUCCCGAAGACGAGACGAGCUCAGAAGGUGACGAUGAGCUUCCUCCCGCCGACACAAGUGGCGAGGAGCAGCCGCAAAGUGGUUCCCAGCUCGGUGACACAAGCAGCGAGCUGCCGGUCGAUGGACAGCCGCCCACGUCCGAGCCAGACAUGCAGGACGGCAGCCUCAGCGACGCAGAGGCUGCUGCCGAGGACGAGCCAAGCGCAGAUGAUGGCCUCACGUCAAGCGAUCCACUCGAAAUCGAAAGCGACGAGCCAGCCGAGACGCAGGAGGACGGCGACGGCCUCGGCGACAUGCCAGCGGAUGACGGCACGCUUGGAGACGAUCAAACGCUGCCAAAUGAUUCGAGCAGCGCCACGGGGGAGGACGUGCAGGACCCCAACAGCGCGCUGUUGGACGGCGCGGACCUCAACGAUGGCAGCACAACGCUAGCGGAAAUCGACGGAGAGGACAGCACGACCUCGUCGGAAGUCGAUGGCGAUGACAGCGCGGCGCUCUCGGAGCCCGAAAGCGGCGCGCUUGAUGGCACAAGCCUCGAUGAGGGGGAGAUCGAGCCGAGCGGAUUGGACGACGAUGGCGCGGCCCUUCCAGAUGCAGGAGAUGACAGCAUCGAUGGCGAGGCGCAGCUGGAAGGCGAUGACAGCGCAGCAGACGAGGAGCCGCUCGAUAUCGACAGCUCAGAUCAAGCCGAUCUGCCGCAGGAGCCCGCUCCACUAGAUGAGGGACAGCCCGAUCUCGACACUUCGUCGGAGGACGUUCCAGACGACCAGCCAGAGCUUGUCGACCCGGAUCUCGCGGCAAUUGACGACGAGGAGGAGGGCCUCCUCGAUGACGAUGCGCCACUCGAUGAUGCUCAACCACUCGACGAGGAUUUGGCGCCGGAAACAGAGGAGCAGCUUCCCGACAUCGAAGCCGAGCCUACGGGCGCAGAAGACGACCUUCCCGUGGACGAUGAGGACCUCAGUGAUGAUGAGGAGGCGCUCAGUGAUGAGGAGGAGGACCCUGCCGAGGAAGAGCAGGCAGAUGAGGAGCAGGGAGAUGACGAGAGCGAUGAGGAAGAGGAGUAG